UCAGAAACACCCGUGUGAACCAGACAUAAUGAACCAGAAGACCAGCCAAUCACGUCCAGAAAAUAUGCGCAGAAUGCAUGCGGAAUCUCCGCUUUUACCACUUUACGUCCAUGAGUUACAUAAAUUUGAAGCAAAUCGACUUUUCUUGACAAAGAUUUGUCAAAACAAUUUGUUUAAAUAAGGCAAAUGUGACAAGACGGGAACAAUAAGAUAAUAAACCUGAUUGGCAUUUUGUUUCCAAUUGUUGGAAAUGUUGGAAUCAAAGUAAAUUGUAAAAAUCCCUAGUUAAAUUUUCUUUAUGCACACAAAUCUUUCAUUUACUUACAUGUGAGUUGCGGGGAAAGAGUGCAAUUUAAAGGAGGUUUUUUUGUUACAAAACAUACAUUUGUUUACAAAAUAUUAAUAACUAGGACCCAAAGAAUCAGCAGUAUGCCGGAUAUAUACCUCGUUGCUUCAAGAAAUAAUGUUUUUGUAUGGAAUGCUAAUGAUUGGUUGAAGCUGCGACGGGAUUACAGAAUAAUCGGUGAAUUAGUAGGUUCCUUUCCCAAAUCAACUAGACAGGAUGUAUUUUCAGGUCUCCCGUUGCUUCUAUUAUCAGAAGAAGUAACUCUUUUACUCGAGAAGGGAAUUGCUUGCCUCAUAGAGUGCGUUAAUUUAGACAAACCAACUGAAUCAUUGAAGGAAAAAUUUCAAGAAUACCGGAAUGUGUUGUUCCUACAGCAAGCAGAAUGUUUGAGAGAAAAUAGAAGAAAACAGAUCACUUCUGUAAUGGAUAAAAUUGUAGAAGGAAAAAAGCGCAAGAUGUUGGGCUUGCAUACAAGCAAGAAGAACAUGAAGAAACCGUUGGAUAAGAAGACACGGGAAGCCAUGGAUAAUAUUGAAAUAAAUACUCAAGAUCUGCUCGAAGAAGAAUUGGCUAAAUUGCCUAAAUUGUGUAAAAAUGAAGCGCUUGUACAAACACAUACAGCAUAUCCAUGGAAUAGUACAGAUUCCAUGAAAACUGUGGAGUGGAAAUACCCAGUUACUUCUAAUCAACAACUUAAGUACAAAGUAUAUAAAGAUCUUUGGGAGAGGAACUAUUACAUUACGAGUGGGGAAAAAUUUGGUGGUGAUUUCUUGGUAUAUCCAGGUGACCCAAUAAUGUUUCAUUCACAAUUUAUAGUACUGUGCAAAUCCAAAGACGAAGAGCUAUCUAUCACGGAACUCAUAGCUCAAUGCAGAGUUAGUUGUCACGUGAGAAAAACAUUGGUGUUUGCUAUAUACUGCGAAGAAGAAGAUAAAGUAAAAUAUCAAUCUUUACAGUGGGCAGAAAGUAAUAUACUUGAAAGUUGCUAAUUAUAGUGCAAGAGCUCACCCGAGUUGAGAUAUUUAUUUACUGUACUAGAUUCAAUCAAUUCUUUCAAAGAGAAUUAUUCUUCUUAGUCCCUAGUCUUUAUCAAUAUUCAAAAGGUAUUAAAAAUUAUGUUUAUAUAUGCUGCUUAUAUAACAAAUAUAUUGCUUUUAAGACAAAA